AAGAGAAGAAAAUUAAACAUCAAAUCUCUACUCUACAUUCACACUUCGCUCUCUUCCUCUCUCCUUCGGAGAUGCAACUGUUUCUACCUUUACUCCUCCUCCUCCUCGUCGCACUGUCGCCGCCGGUGACUUCCCAUUACUCUUCCUCAACCUCCUCUCCUUCUUCUUCCUCCGUCUCUUCCGACGCCUCCGAAUGGCGUCCCGCUCGAGCCACCUACUACGCCGCUUCGAAUCCUCGAGACGCGGUGGGCGGUGCGUGUGGAUACGGAGAUCUCGUUAAAUCUGGGUACGGUAUGGCGACGGUUGGCCUGAGCGAGACUCUGUUUGAGCGUGGUCAGAUCUGUGGUGCUUGUUUCGAGCUCAGAUGUGUCGAUGAUCUCCGUUGGUGUAUCCCUGGAACUUCAAUCAUCGUCACCGCCACGAAUUUCUGCCCUCCUAAUUACGGAUUUGAUCCCGACGGUGGUGGUCACUGUAACCCUCCGAACAAACAUUUCGUGCUGCCGAUUGAGGCGUUUGAGAUGGUCGCUAUUUGGAAAGCUGGGAACAUGCCGGUGCAGUAUCGAAGGAUCAACUGUAGAAGGGAAGGGAGCAUUCGGUUUACAGUCGAUGGUGGAGGCAUUUUCAUCUCGGUUCUGAUCACCAAUGUUGCGGGAUCCGGUGAUAUAGCUGCUGUGAAGAUCAAAGGGUCGAGAACCGGGUGGUUACCAAUGGGUCGUAAUUGGGGACAAAAUUGGCACAUAAAUGCUGAUCUCAAGAACCAAGCUCUCUCAUUUGAAGUAACUGCUAGUGACAGAUCAACCGUGACAGCUUACAACGUCGCUCCUAGAAACUGGAAUUACGGACAAACCUUUGAAGGGAAACAAUUCGAGACUCCAUGACACACAAAGACGAGUACUUUUAUAGAUAUCUCGUCAUUCAAUUUUUGUGUGAAUUUUUUGAUGGCAAGUAGAUGAAUCUUGGUCUAAGGUUAUCUUUAGGGUUGAAAAAGUAGAAACUUGUUUCAGCAAAAAAAAAAAAAGUAUGCCUCUUUUGCAUUUCAUAGUGAUCUCUAUCUCUCAAGCAUAGGUACAAAAGUCACAAAUGUACUAAAAACAUUGAUUACACAAAUAUCAUUAUUGUAUCUAUUUG